AUGUCGGAACAUUCCCCUUGCGUCCGUAGAUGGCCUACAUGCUCGAGGCAAGAUUCGCUUCGACCGGUUGGCAGUAGUUAUGUAGUAUUCAAUCCUCCCUCCCUCUCUCUCUUCUUCUUCUUUUCUUCUUUUCUAUUGUAAUCUCCGCUUCUCCGCAUUUCUCGCCAGGGUCUAGGGUCCAGCCCAUUAAUCUCUCUCUCUCUCUCUCUCUCUCUCUCUCUCAGAUAUCCUCGAAAAUCCAAGAUUAACGAACAAAACAACAAAAGAUGAGAUUUCAUUGAUUCUGCUUCUAUUUCUCUCUAUCACCAGUUUCAUCACGCGCCACAUUUAAUUUCCCCUCGACGCCACUUCGUGAUCCUUGGCGAGAUUGCGCGAAAAAAAAAAAAAAACAAGCUGGAAGGGGAAUAAAAAGCAUCGAAAGAAGAAUGCACCUGUGAAGCGUCGGGGGAGAAGAAUUCGAGACACGCGACUACCACAAUGGCCAUGGAGAUCCAGCAAGGUGCCGCCGGCGCCAGUGUAGGGCCACCCCCAAAGUUCUCGCGAUACCGCUCCGUAAGACAGGCAGCGUCGCAGAAGCAGGCAGCCCCUCCGCUGCCCUUAUCAGCGCCGAAUGGCGCACACUCUGGUGUGUCGCAGGCUCCGGCUAUUGCGAAGAGCAUGUCGCGUUACCGUCGUGCGAAACCUGCGCCCAGCGUCCCGACAAAUGAACUGCAGCCUCCCGUGCCGACGGCGGUGGAGCGGAGACCCGAGGACAAGGAUGUUAUUAUACAGGGAGGAGGGUGUGGGAUCCAGUCUGGCAUUGAGGGAAGGCUGCCGAUACGUACAUCCCAGGACAGUGAUUCUAUCGACGACAAGGCCGAGGAACUUGAACUGGAGCGGGAGAGACACCGACAGGAGGCCAUGGCUCGGCUGACGGGUGGGGAGAGCCUGUCUGCGCCGUCGAUGGGGGGUGGUUCGUCCAGGCCGACCACGCGGGGUACGGAAAGCAGAGACCAGAAGAAUAAGAAGCUGAUGAAGGUCAAGGAGCGAGAGCGAGAACGGGAGCAGCAAGAUGUGAAAAAGAAGGCAGCGGCGGAGACGGAUGCGAAACAUCUGUCGUUCAAAGAGAAGUUGAGUCUGCCAUGGUCCAAGGGACCCGAGGCCAAACACUCCAAGCCGGAUGCAAAAUACAUCGAGGUCGGCGGCGGGGGGAUCGUCCCAGGCAUUGACGCCCCAGUCUCUGCCGUGAAUGCUGGGGAGAGGAGAGUCGUGGUGCAGUACAGGGGAGCGUCGAUCCGUCUCCCCAUCACGCCGUCCACGCGCGCCCAGGACUUGUUGUUCUCGGCUGCCAACUGCCUGGGCCAGGAUAUCGACCCCAAGAAGUUUAUCCUGAUGGAAUCCUUCGCCGAGCUGGGCCUGGAGCGGCCGCUACGCCGCUACGAGCACAUCCGCGACGUGAUGAACUCCUGGGCCCACGACGGCGAGCACUCGCUGUUCAUCACGCCCCCGUCAAGCGUGUCGGCUCUGAAACGGCUCGAUGCCAGCGGGGUCCCGGCCGAACAACCCGAGGACGCCACUUUCUCGCUCUACUAUUCCCAGCGGCCGCGGAAAUGGGACAAACGCUUCGUCACGCUGCGGACGGACGGGCAGGUAUCUGUCUCGAAGAAAGAAAGGGCCCAGGAGCAGACGAACGUCUGUCACCUGUCGGACUUUGACAUCUACACGCCCACCCCGCACUAUCUGGCGAAGAAGGUCAAGCCGCCAAAGAAGAUCUGCUUUGCCGUCAAGAGCCAGCAGAAAUCGAGCAUGUUCCUGUCCACCGAAAACUUUGCCCAUUUCUUCGCCACCAAUGACCGCGACCUGGCCGACCGCUGGCACAACGCUGUCCAGCAGUGGCGGAGCUGGUAUCUCGUCAACAAACUCGGGGCGGGCCAGAAGAAGCCAGACGAAGCACAAGGUGCGGAAUCCAAACCACCAACAUCAGCCUCGGUCUCUCGUCAGACAUCUCGACAUCGCAAGGGGAUGCCUUCCGAGUCGACGCCUUACCAGCUGGGUGCCUUCAAGCCGCUGUUGGACAUGGAUUCGCUUGAGUAUGCGAGCGGAGAUGACCAGGCGACACACCCUCCGUCCUCGUCACACACCAAAGACCUGUUCGCACGGAAGAAGAGCACCCGCGAGCACGCCCCGCCGCCUGCCUCCUUUCCGAAGAAGCUCUCUGAAAUGGACGCCGCGACGUUUGCCCCCACGGGACUGCUGGGCCGCAGCUACAGUCAGCGCCAACGUGCCAUGUGGGAUCGCGAAGAGAAGGAGCGGCGCAUGAAGCAGCCCGACAGCGCAGAGCCCUUUUCGCCACAGGGCGGCGGUGGCGGCGGCGGCAGUAGCAGUGGCUGCUAUCCAGCCAGCAACCCGGCCAGCCGCUCAAACACGAUGCGGUCCGCCCAGGCCCCCGAUUUGAGCGGGUUUGUCCGACGCUCGGAUUCUCUCCAGCGACCCAAACCCCUCGUCGAUCUCACCCCGGUGUUCCAGGAGCCGCCACAGCAUGCUCGCAAAGGCCGCGGGGUGACUAUCGAGCCGGGCGUGCCUCUUGUUGAAGCCGCCACGGGGCCCGAACUUCCUACCGGCGCAAUUGAAGUUCCCUCGGCGACGACGUGGAGGAGGCCAGCGCCUCCUCCGCUACAAUCAUCAACAACAACAACAGCAGCAGCAGCAGCAGCAGGAACAAACAAUUACUCCAGACAGCAUGGAACAGGCGGAGCGAAUGGAGGUCCUGCCGUCUCGCCUACCUCGCCAACCUCUCCCGAGAGCCCCUUUGUACCAAACAGUCUGCUUGCGCGGUCUGCAAAGGUUCCAACGCAUGCUCCGGGGAUACCCACGGGCCACGGUGUCGCGACGGGGGACCGCACGGCGAGUAAGCCGAUGCUAGACAUGACGCCUAAGAAUCCAUUUAUCGAGGGGAGUCUUCUUCAUGAUUUAUAA